AGCUGGAACCAGAUUACGUAAAAAGUACUUUCAUCUUAAAUUAACACUGUAUCUUAAUUACCAGAUGUAUAUCCUGCUGCCUAAUAUGCACAUUUAUUGACCUAAAAACUUCACAACCCUCUAAAAGAUUUAUUUCAACUUUACAACUGCCAGACAUACUCAAUUACGAGGAGUCACAGCUCUGUAUCUUGAAGCCAUGGACGGGACAACAGAGAGCAUCCAGGAUUUUUUCAACCAACUUUGGAGCUUUGCCACAGACAAACACAACCAGGGGGUGUAUAACACUGUCUGCCUGGUGGUCCUCUUAACUCUUCCCCUGCUGGUCCUCCUUACCACUUUGGUGGUGUGCUGCCACUGCUGCUGCUGUCGCCAUGCCAACUGCUGCUGUUGCUGCAAAGACACCCUGGCAACCACAAGGUCAGAAACGAAGAAGAAAAAUAAUUCUACUGAAGACUUGUGGAUUUCUGUAAAGACAGGGCCGAUGACGCCUGACAGGGUCGCCCUGGCCAUGGAGUAGGAAUUCAUUUUUAUUUUUAUUUUGAGAUUUCUGAUGCUUGAACAGUUGGUGCAGUGGCGCAAUGAUGGAGUAUCUCAAAAGUGUAAAACUCAAACUAGCUUGGACUCAAAAGACAUUGUUCAAACUAACGGGAGGGACCUCACAUUGUAAUGGGCACAGAUUUAGCUGAAAUAUGUAAACAGAGUACAGAUUCUUGUCAUUAUGUAUUAAUAAUGCUGUGUGUGAAGAAUGUUUACAACAUUUUGUAUGAGCUUUUAAAUGUGUGGUACAUAACGGAAGAAAUAUGCAGAGGCAUGAACAUACCUGCAAAUGUGUGUGUGUGCGUGUAUGUGUGUGCGUGUGUGAGUGGAUUAUAGAGAGGGUGUGUUAUUGAGAGCACUUUGUUCUUAGAGCUCCCAUGUGAAAUUCAGUGCGCCUGUAUUUAGGAGAGAGAGAACAAUUUAAGGCCGGCCCAGCGUUCAGAUGGCUGUAAUACUGCCCACUUUUUUCCCAUCCAGGCUGCAAUCUAGACUCAUGAUUGAGUAUCACUUCUAAAAACAAGCCACUGACGCUUAAAAGUUUUGAAGAAAACUAUAACUUUGAUUUCUUUCCGCCUAUCUUACAUUAUACUUAAUAUGAUAGAGUGUAGGCCACAUGAAAUAAAGUUUUAUUAGUUAUUAUGUUUAAAUGCCACAGCAUUCAGGUUAAGUUAGCCUUAAAUGCACAAUUCAUAAUUUGAGGAAAAACCCCAAAAGGUAAAACAUAAUAUUGAAAUCUGUUAUCCUUCCCAAAUUGAUUGGCAGAUAUUUUAAUGCACUGAUUAACACUAGACAACAACCAUAGUCAGUAAUGUUUUCUGGACCUGUAUCUAUGGAAGUUUGGGAUUUAAGUGAAAUACAAAAACGAAAAUGAUUCACUUUGCCUCCUACUAGCAAACAAGAGUAAAUCUAAAAAUGCUUAAAAAUUCUCUUUCAUUUAAGAGAUCUUUAUCUUCACUGUAUGUUUGCAUGCACAUUUCCUAUUAUUUCAUCACUGUAUAUCAAAACAUAUGAUUGUUGUUGAGUUGUUAAUUUCGCAUGUUAAUUGCUACUUGAGAUAUUAAAAUGACCAUUUCAUAUCAUA